AUGGACAACCACCACCUUCCCAUUGAAGCUUGGCUCGCCGGUUUGCCCUUCACUGUCAGUAUUUCAACCCAGGAGUUGCCUUCCUCGUGCCUUAUUCUCUGCCAUCCUUCUCUGCCGUCCUUCUCUGCCAUCCUUCUCUGCCAUCCUUCUCUGCCAUCCUUCUCUGCCAUCCUUCUCUGCCAUCCUUCUCUGCCAUCCUUCUCUGCCAUCCUUCUCUGCCGUCCUUCUCUGCCGUCCUUCUCUGCCGUCCUUCUCUGCCAUCCGUCUCUGCCAUCCUUCUCUGCCAUCCUUCUCUGCCCUCUUUGCUGCUCACUUCUCUGCUUGGCUCUGCUCCCUGUCUGUUUCCCUCUUUUACUUCCCUCAUUUCUUCCCGGCCUGUCUCCCUUUUUUCCUCCCACCUCCCCUCAACUGCCACCUGAACCCCACCAGGGAGCGUUCAACUGGAUAAGGGAUCGUUACGGCAUGGAUCUCACCAAUCAGACGUGGAUGCCGCAGUUCCCCAUUGGCUUGCUGGAUCCCUCUCCUGCUGACGUGGCAGCCUGCAGCCAGUCACCCACUGCCCGAUGUGCAGAGGAGCCCUCGGAGGAGCUUAUUGGUCUGUUCGCCCGGAAUUCAGGGGAGGAGAAUGGCGCCCCAGCUGCUCUGUUCAACGCCUCUUUGGAGUCGAUCAAUGCAGGGGUCAUGCUGCUGAGGCGCUCCCCGCUCACUUUCCAGGUGGGCCAAGGGGUCAUGUUGCUGAGGCGCUCCCCGCUCACUUUCCAGGUGGGCGGCCACCAUUGGUUCAAGUCUCCUCGGCAAAAUGUUCCGGCUGUUCUUUCCUAUGCAUCUUUCAAGUCCAUCAGUGAGGGGGUCAUGCUGCUGAGAUGCUCCGCGCUCACUCUACAGUUUUUGGACACUUGGUAUAACGAGGAACCUUCUAACCGCCACUUACAGGAGGCCACGUGGGAGCAAAACCGUCUCAACCGCAUUGCACCACUCUUUGCAAAACACCUGGUGGUCGUGCCGUACCUGGAGCUCACUGGCCCGGAGGGUCGUCAGGUUCGGCAUGUGUGGUCGAUGGUGGGUCGGCAUAGGGACGAGGCACUGAGGGCUGCGUUGUUAGGAGCGUUAUUGGCAAAUGAGGUGGCGACUAAAGAGGAUGAUUGGACUCCAAGAGGGUAG